AUGCCGUCAGGCGCGAUGUCGAGCCCGUCGAAGAAGGACUUAAUGUCCGACUCCGUCGCGCUGAACGGCAGCCCGCGCAGCCUCACCACGUGGCUCCUCGCUCUGCCAUUCAAUAACGCCCGGGAGAGCGAGUGCGGAAUGAGACGCAGGGGGGAGACGGCGAAUGAGGCAGCAGCGAAGCAAGCAGUGAUUCCAUCAGACAGCGAAUCACUGCGAUUCGUGCUAAGCAGCUCCAGCAGUCUGAAUCUGAAGGCCCUGGAAGCCAAGGCAAUCCCGAGGCUGUGCUGCUUGCUGGUGCUGCUCAUCCGUGAUCCCUCUGAGUAUCGCACGGGCGUGAAGCGCAACCACAACAUCGGCAAGCUACAGGCCGGCUACCUCUUCCCCGAGAUCGCGCGGCGGCGGCGCGCGCACCUGGAGAAGCACCCCGACGCGAAGAUCAUCAGCCUGGGCAUCGGCGACACCACGGAGCCCAUCCCUGACGUCAUCACCGCCGCCAUGGCCAAGAGGGCGCAAGGGCUGUCAACGCCAGCGGGUUACUCCGGCUAUGGCGCCGAGCAGGGCGAGCAGGCUCUGCGCGCAGCCAUCUGUGCGACGUGGUACAGCAAGCUGGGCAUCACGGAGGACGAGGUGUUCGUGUCUGAUGGCGCCAAGUGCGACAUUGCACGCCUGCAGAUGAUGUUUGGCGCUGACGUCACCAUGGCCUGCCAAGACCCCUCCUAUCCGGCAUACGUGGACACGAGUGUGAUGAUGGGGCAGACGGGGCUGUACGUGCCAGAGACGCAGCAGUUUGGCAACGUCACCUACCUGCGCUGCACGCCUGAGAACGACUUCUUCCCGGACCUCGCCUCUGCGCCGCGCACCGACAUCAUCUUCUUCUGCUCGCCCAACAACCCCACCGGCCGGGCGGCAUCACGGCAGCAGCUGCAGCAGCUGGUGGACUUCGCACGCACCAACGGGUCCAUCAUUGUUUACGACUGUGCAUAUGCCAUCUACAUUGAGGAUGACUCGCCCAAGUCCAUCUAUGAGAUUCCGGGCGCCGAUGAGGUGGCCAUUGAAACGGGUUCUUUCUCCAAGUACGCUGGCUUCACCGGUGUGCGUCUCGGCUGGUCCGUCGUGCCAGCAGCGCUGCGCUACGCCGACGGCCAUCCAGUGCGCGCGGAUUUCAACCGCGUCACCUGCACGUGCUUCAACGGCGCCAGCAACGUCUCGCAGGCCGGAGGGCUCGCAUGCCUCUCCCCCGAGGGCCUCGAGGCCAUGGCAUUGCUGGUAUCCUUUUACAAGGAAAACGCAGCCAUCCUCAAGUCCACCUUCCAGUCGCUGGGCUUUGAAACGCAUGGCGGGGACAACGCGCCGUAUGUGUGGGUGCGCUUCCCUGGCCGCUCCUCGUGGGAUGUGUUUGCUGAGAUUCUGGAGAAGGCUGAUAUUGUCACCACGCCUGGGAGCGGGUUCGGGCCCGGUGGGGAGGGGUUUGUGCGUGCCAGUGCGUUUGGGAACCGUGCGAACAUUGAGGAAGCGGCGAGGCGGAUCACGAAGCUGUACUCGUCAUGA